AAUCUCAUAAGAACACCACAUUUGAAAUUUCAAGAGAAAAUAACCAUAAUGAAGAGGAACUUGGUCUAUGUUUCUGCAUUUGUUCUUGUUUUACUUUUUGUUCCAAUGUUGACCUCUUCAAGGCACAUAAGCUACUCAAAUUUGGUAGGACAUGGACAUUCAAAUCCUGAAGUGGGAAAAAAAGUAGAUGCAACCAAAGGAGCAAAACAAAAUCCGUAUUCAGAAGGAAGAACGAAACAUAUGCGACGGCCAGACACGAUGCAAGUAGCUGGGUCGCGGUUGCCGGAUUGUUCACAUGCAUGCGGGUCAUGUACGCCAUGCCGAUUGGUGAUGGUGAGCUUAGUUUGUGCAUCCCUUGCAGAAGCUGAAUCAUGUCCAAUGGCUUAUAAAUGCAUGUGCCAUAACAAGUCCUAUCCUGUCCCAUAGAAUGAAUUAUUAGAGAAUUUCAAUUUUUGUAACCUGGUGUAAUAUAUAUAGUGCCCAUUUUUCUUGUUUUUCUUUUCUUUAAUUUUCUCUCUGUUGUCCAACAAUGGUAGAAAUGAUUUCCUAGCAAUGAAAAUGGU